CAAGAUCCGAGAGAAACUUUGAAGCUCCGAGCAGCAACUUUCAGCCGGAGAUGCUCUGAGGAGCUGAGUGACGACAACAACACUUUUACAGCUCCUGGAAGCUCACACUUUACAGAGGGCUGAAAUGGUGGAUCGACAGGCAUGCUUAGAUAUGGAUCAGAGGGCGGUGUGUGCCGGAUGCCGCCUGAGGAUCACAGACAGAUUCCUGCUCAGAGUCACUGAUGGCCUCUGGCACGAGGAGUGUGUGCGGUGCGCCGCGUGCGGGGACGCGCUCACAAAAUCCUGCUUUCUGCGGGACCACAAACUCUACUGCAAGAGGGACUAUGCUGAUCUGUUUGCAGUGCGUUGUGGGGGCUGUGCUGAGGCCGUCUCCCCCGCAGACCUUGUGAUGCGUGCCGGGGCCGCUGUGUUCCACCUGCGCUGCUUCACCUGCAGCGUUUGUUCCUGCCGCCUGCAGACCGGAGAGCACUGCGUCCUCAGGGAGGGGCGGCUACUGUGUGCCAGAGACGACUACCACCAGAGUGAGGCCAGCCCCACCUCCUCUGACACAGGUAAAAGUGAAGAUGAAGAAGAAGAAGAGGAGGGGUGUGUGAGGGUUGCAGGAAGACGAGUUAGAUCAGAAGAUCUGGAGAGCAAACGUCCCAAAAGGCCUCGCACUAUUCUGACCACUCAACAGAGACGGACCUUUAAAGCCUCCUUCGAGGUCUCAUCGAAGCCCUGCCGAAAGGUAAGGGAGACCUUGGCAGCGGAGACGGGUCUGAGCGUCCGGGUGGUGCAGGUCUGGUUCCAGAACCAAAGAGCCAAAAUGAAGAAGCUGGCGAGGAGACAGCAGCAGCAGCAGGAGCAGCAGCAGACUCAGGAGCCGCGCGAGCACACAUCACAUCACACAGCGCCCUCCUGUGGCAGCUUGACCUCUGAGCUGGAGCACCUGGGCUCCUCCUUUACUCACAUCCAGCAGCAGCAGAUGGGACUCACCUCCCUGGAGCAGCAGGACUAUGACAUGGACCCCUUCAGACAGGGCCUGACCCCUCCUCAGAUGCCGGGGGAUCACAUGCACCCCUACGGUUUUAAGGGUCUGUACGGAGACAUGGACAGAGACGCUCUGUGUCACGUGGCGGACAGCGACUGCCUCUCCCUGGGGGACUCCUCUCUGCUCACCCCCAUCGACCGCCUCUACUCCAUGCAGGACUCUUACUUCACCUCCUGA